GCCAUGCAGAGCCUUGAGCCAUGAAGGACUGCUCAGACAUCAUCCUGUGUGUGGAGGCAACAGAGCUGAGCAAGACUGAAUUCUGCAAUCCUGCUUUCGAGCCUGAAUCGGGGCCACCUUGCCCUCCACCGGCCUUCCAGAAGGAUGCCAGCUGCAGCCUCCAAGCUCCCUGGCACGGUCGGCGUCCCCGAGGGCUGCAGCCAGACUGCCACUUCUCCUGGCUGUGUGUCCUCCUGCUAGCCAGCCUGCUGCUCCUGCUGCUCGGGCUGCUGGUGGCCAUCAUCCUGGCCCAGCUGCAGGCUACACCCCCACCUGGGGCCUCCUAUCAUCCAUUGCCUGCCGCCACCACUGGCACCACCCCCUUCACCACCACCACCACCUGUCAAGCAACUGGGACCCCUAAAGGGCAGCAGGAGGCAGGCAUGAGCCCCACACCCCAGUCCACCUGUGGGGGCCUCCUUCCUGGACCAAGGGGCUUCUUCAGCAGCCCCAACUACCCAGACCCUUACCCACCCAAUGCCCACUGUGUGUGGCACAUCCAGGUGGCAACAGACCAUGCCAUACAGCUCAAGAUUGAAGCUCUCAGCAUGGAAAGCGUGGCCUCCUGUCUCUUCGACCGCUUGGAAAUCUCCCCUGAGCCUGAAGGCCCCCUCCUCAGAGUGUGUGGGAGGGUACCUCCCCCUACACUCAACACCAAUGCCAGCCACCUCCGGGUGGCCUUCGUCUCUGACAGCAGUGUGGAAGGAUCUGGUUUCCAUGCCUGGUACCAGGCUGUGGCUCCUGGGCAUGGGAGCUGUGCCCAUGAUGAGUUCCCCUGUGACCAGCUCGUCUGCCUGCUCCCUGACUCGGUGUGCGACGGUUUUGUCAACUGUGCUGACGGCAGGGACGAGACCAACUGCAGUGCCAAGUUCUCGGGCUGUGGGGGGAAUCUGACCGGGCUCCAGGGCACUUUCUCUGCCCCCAGCUACCUGCAGCAGUACCCUCACCAACAGCUUUGCACCUGGCAUAUCUCAGUGCCUGCCGGACAUGGCGUAGAACUACAGUUCCACAACUUCAGCCUGGACGCUCAGGACGAGUGCAAGUUUGACUACGUGGAGGUGUAUGAGACCAGCAACUCAGGGGCCCUCAGCCUCCUGGGCAGGUUUUGUGGGGCAGAGCCACCCCCUCGCCUCAUCUCCCGGCACCACCAACUGGCUGUGCUCUUCAGGACAGAUCAUGGCAUCCGCAGCGGGGGCUUCUCAGCCACCUACCAGGCCCUCAAUGUUACAGAGAACCCCUGUGGGCCCAGAGAGUUCUCCUGUCUGGAUGGAGGGUGUCAGAGUCUGCAGUGGAUAUGUGACACAUGGAGAGACUGUGCAGAUAGCAGUGAUGACAACUGCAGCAGCCCCUUGUUCCCACCCCCAGAGCUGGCCUGUGAGCCUGUCCAGGUGGAGAUGUGCAUCGGCCUGAGCUACAACACCACAGCCUUCCCUAACAUCUGGGUAGGCAUGGCCACCCAGGAGGAGGUGGUGGAGGUCCUCAGAGGUUACAAGAGCCUGACAAGCCUGCCCUGCUACCAGAAUUUCCGAAGGCUCCUUUGCGGGCUGCUUGUGCCCCACUGCACCCCGCUAGGCAGUGUCCUUCCCCCUUGCCGCUCUGUCUGCCAGGAGGCGGAGCGCCAAUGCCAGUCUGGCCUGGCAUUACUGGGCACCCCCUGGCCCUUCAACUGCAAUAGGCUGCCUGAGGCGGCUGGCCUGGAGGCUUGUGCCCAGCCCUGACCCUAAAGCGGGCCCCUGCCCUCUG